CAUAGAUUCAUCACGUAGAAAAGCUUAACUAUAUCUGUUUUAGACGUGCAUGUCUCUCCACCUUCCUCACUCCUCCUAAUCUCACUGCUUUCUCUCUCUCCUCUUAGCAUUUUAAUUUGUUGUUUCUCGAUUCCUGUUUUGUUACUGAUGCACAAAAGCAACAGAAAACCAGCUCAACACGUGAAUUUCCUCUAGGUUUUUGCAUUAAAAAUGUGUGGAAUUCUAGCGGUUUUGGGGUGCGCCGAUGACUCUCAAGCCAAGAGAGUUCGCGUUCUCGAGCUUUCUCGCAGGUUGAAGCACCGGGGCCCUGAUUGGAGUGGAUUGUACCAGCAUGGAGAUUUUUACCUGACCCAUCAGAGGCUAGCUAUUGUCGAUCCCGCCUCUGGGGAUCAACCUCUUUACAAUGAAGACGAAAAGAUUGUGGUCACGGUGAAUGGAGAAAUCUACAAUCAUGAGGAGCUGCGGAAGCUUAUGCCUAAACACAAAUUCCGUACCGGGAGUGACUGUGAUGUCAUAGCUCAUCUUUAUGAAGAGUAUGGAGAUAAGUUUUUGGAUAUGUUAGAUGGGAUGUUCUCAUUUGUGCUGUUGGAUUGUCGCGAUAAUAGCUUCCUUGUGGCUCGUGAUGCGAUUGGGAUCACUUCCCUGUAUAUUGGUUGGGGGCUUGAUGGCUCUAUCUGGAUAUCAUCUGAGCUCAAAGGGCUGCACGACGAAUGCGAGCACUUUGAAGCCUUCCCACCCGGUCACCUCUACUCAAGCAAGAGUGGAGGGCUUAAAAGAUGGUACAACCCUCCCUGGUUCUCAGAGUCCAUCCCUUCAACUCCUUACGACCCUUUAGCUUUGAGGCGUGCUUUUGAAAAGGCUGUUAUAAAAAGGCUAAUGACUGAUGUGCCUUUUGGAGUUCUUCUUUCGGGAGGACUUGAUUCGUCACUAGUUGCAUCUGUUACUUCUCGUUACAUGGCUGGCACGAAAGCAGCGAAACAGUGGGGAUCACAGCUUCAUUCAUUCUGUGUUGGCCUUGAGGGCUCGCCUGAUCUGAAGGCUGCUAAAGAAGUUGCUGAUUAUCUUGGUACUGUUCACCAUGAGUUUCAUUUCACUGUUCAGGAUGGAAUUGAUGCAAUUGAGGAUGUGAUUUAUCACAUUGAGACUUAUGAUGUAACUACUAUUCGAGCUAGCACUCCUAUGUUCCUUAUGUCGCGUAAAAUCAAAUCACUCGGAGUGAAAAUGGUCUUAUCAGGUGAGGGCGCGGAUGAGAUUUUUGGCGGCUAUCUUUACUUCCACAAGGCACCCAACAAGGAAGAGUUCCACCGUGAAAACUGCCACAAGUUAAAAGCUCUUCAUCAAUACGAUUGUCUUCGAGCGAAUAAGGCAACUUCAGCGUGGGGUUUAGAAGCUCGCGUUCCUUUUCUGGAUAAGGAAUUUCUGAAUGUUGCAAUGAGCAUUGACCCUGAAUGGAAGCUGAUAAAGCCUGACCAAGGGAGAAUCGAAAAGUGGAUAAUGAGGAGAGCCUUUGAUGAUGAGGAGCGCCCUUAUCUUCCAAAGCACAUCCUCUAUAGGCAAAAGGAGCAAUUCAGUGACGGCGUGGGCUAUAGUUGGAUCGACGGGCUCAAAGCUCAUGCUGAAGAACAUGUUACUGAUAGGAUGAUGCUCAACGCCGAUCACAUCUUCCCCCACAACACGCCCACAUCGAAGGAGGCGUACUACUACAGGAUGAUAUUCGAGAGAUUCUUUCCUCAGAAUUCAGCCCGUCUCACCGUUCCCGGAGGGGCGAGCGUGGCUUGCAGCACGCCCACAGCUGUUCUGUGGGAUGCAUCAUGGUCAAAGAACCUAGACCCCUCGGGCAGGGCAGCCAUUGGCGUCCACAACUCAGGCUAUGAGAAGCAUCUGGCCAACGGGAACCUGACGACGUCCAAGAUAACCGACUCUGCUCCGAUGAGGGACGGGGUCGGUGCUCCGGGGCUCACCAUCAGGGGCUAGCACAGGUGCAGAAGCUUAGGUUGAUUAGAAAGUGUAUGUAUAUCAUCAAUAAGUAGUCUGCAUUGUGUAGGGGAAAUAAUUAGUUUGCUUUAACUAAGAGGUGCUUUGUAGUUUGUUGUGUAGAGAGAGGGAUAUGAUUAGAUUUGAUGGAAUAUUUCACUGUGUUUGUAUUUUUCAUUUUUAGUUUGGUAUAAUGAAAUUACUCUGGAAGAUUGUGUGGAAA